CGUACAUAACUGGUUUGACCUUUAAAAAAUCAAAAUGGCGAAGAUAAAGAAUAACGUAGUUGUUUAUUAUGCUGAAACAUUAUAUUAUCUAUAAAAUUGAAGUGAACCACACCAAAACAGAAGAAUACCUCAGACAAUGGAUAUCAUUACGUUAUAUCUAUAAGUUUUGUCUGUAAGAAAUAAACUGGUGACCAGAUAAGAUGAUAUAGCAUCAUGUCCGAAAUAUUUAAAGAUCGCCAUGCAAAGUUAGGAUGCAUGGUCCUGAGAUUGUUUCCUAAAGUUAUGCAGACGAUCUUGGAACAUUAUGUAAAUCCACCAUGGUUAAAACGAAAAUACUUGAAGCAAGAUUUCCGUUUUGUUUUUACGGAUAAAGAAAUCGUUUUAAUGGACAAGCUACCAAACAUGGAUGAGUUUACAAUUGAAAUAUGCUACAAAAUACUAAGAUCUGAAAACAUGCUAGAUGAACCUAAAUGUAAAUGGGGAAAUGUUCCCCAUGAUACUGAAAUAGAAAUUGCCGAUGACAUACAACGGCUAGUUAAUGCAACUAGUUCAAUAAUUGGUAUUAAAUCUGAAGCGGUAACCGAACGAUAUUCCGAAGAGUUGAUAGAGGAAAUCAAAUUGAUGGUCACCAGAAUUGAUUGUUAUUUGAAACAAGACACUUUGGGAAGUAUGUACAACAAUUUGUGUAGAUCUGAAACAGAUCCUAUUUCCAUCUUACAAGAUCUUACAAGAGUAAAACCAAUUGAUAAAUCCUUAACGAAUAUUGAGAGUGAGAAGAGAGAAAGGUAUUCUAGGCUGUCGAUCCCUAUCAUCGAAACUUUUCCCAACAUUCUACGAGAUGUUAUUCGAACGAUUAUGCCUGCUAAACUGCUGUAUCAAAAGUGUAUUCCUGUUCUAAAAACCUUCUAUCCCGAACAGCAAACAAACAUUAAAGAGCUACAGUAUUCAAAUACGUACGGUUCGUUAGAUGUUACAUUAAUUUACCAACUAUUAAGACAGUUUUCAUUAAUACCAUCACCCACAAAAGGCUGGGGAAGACUUCCAGACAAAGUAGAUAUAAAUUUAGGAGAUGAUAUUGAACGAAUCCGAUUCUACAGAAAUAAACUUGCUCAUCGAAGCGACACCAAAAUUGAAAAAAAUGAGUUUAAUGAAUAUUUCGACGAGUUUCGUGGUAUUGGUAAUAGAAUGGAUCUGAAUUUCUCCCAAACGACGAAUUAUGAAGAGCAGAUAAUUGGUUACAGAACAUGUGGGGUGGAUACCGCAAUGCAGGCAAAAUUUAAAAAUGCAAUGAAGGAGAUUGAAAACAUUAAAUUGAGAUAUGAAAAGAGGCCUAUAAAGGUGUAUUGGGGAGAAAGCUUUGAUAGAUCUUUGAUGAAUCUAAGAUCGUUGUUAAAGGACACAAAAUUAGAAGGAAGACAGAAAAUCAGUGUACAGAUCGUCUUUCAGAACGACGCUGAUGUCGAGAGCAAUAUCGAAGUCCUUAAUGCACUUAAAGAAGAAAUAAAUGAAGGUUUAAUUGGUAUAGAAUUCAUUGUUGCCACUGAAGGAAGUGUUGUUCUGAAUGUAGAUAUACUGCUGGAAAUGUUUGAAACAGACGACAAAUUACUAACGACCCUGACUUUAUUUCUAGAAAAGAUUUUGACACGCAUUACUGUCUUCCCUACUGAGACUAUUGAUAUAGUUUUGUUACCUGUAGAAGAGAACACACAAUGGAAUAAACCAAAAACCAUAGGAGAACAAGUUUAUCUAGAAUUUGACAUAGAAGCCCACUUACUUGAAAACGACGAUAUAAUGGUUGAGCAAUUAAGAAAAAUAUCUGACGCCAUCUUCAAAUAUUCAAACGGAGGCGGAACAAUUCAGAAUAUUACUGCAACACUCCUACCUAUUGAUCUUGCCAUUGAAAACGGAACACUUAAAACAUAUAUUUAUACAAAAUCCACAGAUAAGCACCAGUACCUCCAUGUUUCGGCGAGCCAUCCAAAUUCAGUCAACAAUGCAAUACCGUAUGGACUCGGUAUUCGUGUUUAAAGAAUUUGUUCAACAGAAGAAGAUUACAAACCAAGAAGAGAAGAAAUAAAAACGCACGUGCAAAACCGAGGAUAUCAUUAUUUGUCAACUGAAGAUCAAUUGAAAAAAGUUGAAAAGUUAAACUGGGACGAUCUUUUAGAAUACAAAACAAAAAGAGAAAAACAACAGAGUACAUUUAGUGAUUACUUAUUCCAAAGCGCUUCAUAAUAUCAAUCCAUUCUCAGAAAACAUUUGAAAAUUCUGCACUAAUCCGAUCCGCCUAUCAUAGCGUUCAACCGUGACAACAACAUUAAAGACAUCUUAGUGCACAAGAAACAUAAUUUAUUAUUUUACAAAUAGAGUAACAGCUGUCGACCAUGCGGAAAAAAUUGCAUUAUGUUCACACAUAAAUGAACCAAAAUAUUCUGUGAUAACACAGGAAAAGAAUAUACCAUUCAGGGACAAAUAGACUGUAAAACUGUGGGCGUAGUGUAUGCAAUAAACUGUACGAAAUGCGAAAAUAACUUAUAUAUGUAGGACAAACAGGCGAUACACUGUAUCAAAGCAUGUUAUUGAACUUUUAAAAUAUAAGAACUAACAAAACAGACGAUCCAGUAGCAAUCCACUGCAUACAACAUAACCAUUAUUACCGAAAAACUAAAGAAGCCUUUUGGAUUAAAAAAUUAAAAUCUUUAGAGCCGGACGGACUGAACAUUAUGAACUAACGGUAGUAAAAAAAAAUACAUAAAAAGGAAAAAGCGCGAUAAAUAUACGUCAAAGAAGUUAUUGAAACGUAAUGUAUUCAAGCAAUGUGAUUGUGGUUUUAAAGUUGUAAUUUAAUUCAAAUUUAACAACAUGUUGAACAUGACUAUGCUCAACUCAUUUCUGUUUUUCAAUCUUUCAUUUGUACACGUUUUCUGUGUUCCGUGGAUUCUAUGCUGUGUUCUGAAUAUGCUAAUCUCCAAUUAGAGCUUUAGUGAGUUUUCAAAUUUAAAAGUGAAAAUAACACUCAUAGACGUCGAUAUAAUCAUAAAAAAUGCAGUUACAAAAGAUUAAGGUCGUGAAAGAUUCUAUACAACAUGUAUUGUAAUUGUGUAAGACUUAACAAAACUACAACAACAUUCUAUCACUUGUUGCGGUUACCUGCACUAUAGUUAAACCUUUUAUUAGUUCAAAUAAUGAAAUCAAUGCAUCAUUAUCUA